GUGGCAGCGGGCGGUUGGCCCCCGGGGGGGCGGUUUUGUUUCUCGGGCGAGGAGGCGGGCGCCGAAAAGGAAAAAAAGACCAAAUGGCAAAGCAAUCUUCUGAUCUAAAUUCAGAGUGCAACAGAGAAGGUGGACAGUUUCAGUCAAUUGAAAGGCCAAGUCAGCCUCAGCAUCUUAGACCUGGGGCCCCUACCUCUAUACAAACACAGUAUCAAGGUAAUCAUUCAGGUGAGGGGGACUUCACCCAGCAGCCCUCAGGGAGCUCUUCGCCCAGCAGCCCUCAGGGACCAUUUGCACCACCCAGUAGCCCCAGUCCAUUUGCUACCAGAUCCCCACUUUUCAUCUUUGUAAGAAGAUCCUCACUGCUGUCUAGAUCCUCCAGUGGGUAUUUCUCUUUCGACACAGACAGGAGUCCUGCGCCUAUGAGUUGCGACAAGUCCACGCAGACUCCAAGUCCCCCUUGUCAAGCCUUUAAUCAUUAUCUAAGUGCAAUGGGUAAGCAAGAUCAUGCUUCCAGGUGGGAGUCUCCCUCAGUACGUGAAGACAUGCAGCCGGAAAUAUGGAUUGCACAGGAACUGCGGCGUAUUGGAGAUGAGUUUAAUGCUUCCUAUUGCCCAAGAAGGGGUUUCUUGGAUAAUCCAGCAGUAAACCACCAAAUUGUUUUGCGCCUGUUACGUUCUAUCAUCCGCCUCAUUUGGAGACUGCAGUAAUGGAUGCGUACAGACAUUCCGAGAUUGUCCAGUUAUCACCAGAAUCCAGAAAAACAAGCAGCAGGAAUAUCCUUUCCAUACCUUGUAUAUGCAAUUAACAAAUCCUCCUCUUCCUAAAGGACAUCCGAGACACUGGGAGGAGCAGUAGGACUCCGUGUUUGUGAAAAAUAUGCACAUAGACUGUCUCAUUUUGUCUGCUAUCAGAAGACAGAGGGUUUUUAAAUGGGAAUUCACUGUGAACACGUCACGAUGGAUUUUGGAAACGGAUAUCUAAAAGCUUUGUGAAGCAGGACUUUGUGAGAGUGGUGUUUACGCUGGUUUUUCUUGAACUUUUAAAAGACUGAUUUGGAAAGAAAAUGAUCCAACAUUAUUGAAUGAUUUUCAUACUCCAUUUUCUGGAAACCUGUUGACUAAUCUCUGAUCUAUUCUGCAAUGGAGUUAACUGAGCCAGCGAACUUGCAGAGCUGCCUUAGUUUGUUAUAAAAUAACUGUGUACAGAUGUUAUUCUCCCCCCCCCCCCCCCAGCAAGGAGGGGUCAGAUUCAUGCUUUCCCUCCAUUCCUAGCCCCUUUCAUGCAAAAAGGGGCAAACUCAUGAAUUGAAGCUAGUUGAAGAAUGGUAGAAGGAUUUGCAUCAGAACUUCAGUUACCCUGCAAAUCUCUACUACCACCCUAAAUUCAACUGUAUGUGUGUCACACAAACAGCAUACUUCCUGCUGACUGAUUUUAAACUGCAGCUAAGCGCAACUGGCGCGCUCCCCCUGAAACUUCCACCUCUUCCACCCUACCAGCAGGAGUCUCAAAGUGGACCUGAAAUUUGCAGCUUAACUGUGAAAGUAUUAUGCUUCAAAAACCAUACCAAGUUGCCUUUCUAAAAGUUCUUUAUAUCCAAUGAGUCUGGCUACAUUUGUGUAUUAUAUAACAUAGAAUGUUGAAGGUUGGGGAUAACAGAACAAUAAAAUAUUUGUGGUGUAAAAGAGUUCCUGAAACACUGCAAUUUUGCCUAAAGUUGGAGGGUUGCAUAACUUCAGAAACUAUUUUAAACUUCACUUAAUAUUUUACUGUGACUGUUGAUAAACCCAAUUGGUAUUGCUGGUUUUUUAAUGUGUUGGAUUUUUGCUAGAGCUGGUUUUGUACUUAAGAUCUAUCCUGAGAGAUGCAGAGUUGAACAUGUGGACUGCUGACUGAGUUACAUCCGUCUUGAGGGCAACAGUACAAUGUUUGAAUUGAUUGUGGUGGUUCAAAAAAUCCCACAAGUGAAUAAAUUAAAUAUCCAUGGGAAGCAAAAAUUAGGCCAUUUUGAAAGUUCCAGCAAAACUUCCAUAUAAUCUUUUAAAAUAAUACAGUGAGUGCCCUUAAAAUUGUAUUCCUACAUCAGACAUUCUGUGACUUGUUUAAAGAUUAACCAAAACCAGAACUAAGUUAAAUCAAGGUUCCUAUACUGGAGUGACUCGCUAACUAGAUUUCAGGAGGCAUCCAGCACAGAGAAAGUUUUAACUUACCUUUUCUUUAAUUAGAUCUUCCUUCUACAGAACUCCCUUUACCGCUUCUUAGUUCACUGAAGUUAUUCCAGAAGGCAUCAUUCUGUGAAACCACAAAUGCCAUGGAUUGCAUGACUUGUACACUUCUGGUAUUUAGAACAUAACAGAAUGAUGCAUUCUGUAACAACUUCAGUGACCCAAGAAGUGCCAAGAGGACUUCACAGAAAGAAAAACUUUAUUUUUAAUUUUUAAGUGUGUAUAUUGAAUGCCUCCCUGAGCCUGUUGCGUGGGCACUGUAACCACAGAUCUAGGUUUAAACUGAAUUUUAAUAUUGGUUUUAUAGUUCACCUUUACACCAUGGGAAACUGCAUGACAGGUGCUUUGGGGAGCGCACAGUUCCUUCAGAUGGUGCAAUGUAUUAAUGCAGAAUUUACCCAAAUCUGGCUUCAGAAUUGUCUUCAGAAUCUGGCUUCCUUUUGUAUGGGAUGCAGAGAGCUUGCAUGAUUCAAUUUGUUUCUGUUUGCUACAAUCUACUUCAAAAUGCCGCAUUUUAUUUCUGGUUUCACCAGCACCAUAGAAAAAUAGGAUAGCUUUUCUUCCAAAACGUUGCAAUAUGUUGAUCAGCGUAUACUGAGUGCCAUUGUAUUUUUUUUUGUUAGUUUUGACAAGUAAAUUUGUAUAACAUGUACUCUCUGCACUGACCCCUGGUGCCUCUGGGGCAGGUGGAAGGGUUCCUCUAAACAUGGCUCUGUUCCCCAGUUGCAUUAAUCCACCCCCGCGAGCAGUGAAUCUGGAGGACAUGUUGGCUCUGUAGGCUAAACCUUUGUCCUAGGAGUUGGCCUCAAUUAUCAAAGCAGUGGGUGGUUUUUGGUUUUUUUGUAGAGCAAUAUUGGUGACUUACGUUGUAUCUGGAGUUUCAAGCAGUAAUUCAGUAGUGCUGAUGGCAGAUAAUCACUUCCAUAACAGCAUGGUUUUGGAUCAUACCAAAGCAGUAGGCGUAAAGGGGAAUUCAGAACAUCCUACAUGUAGUGAAUUGAGCGGGUAUAAAUGUAUGGUCAGUAAAGAGUUCUCACUGCUACCGGAUGCUAGAAGUGAGAAUAAGACUGGAGGGGCCUAUGAGACAAUGACUUUUGUUCCAUUUUGAACAUUCCUCACAUGUCAGAGUCACACAGCCAUUAAAUAGCUUAGACAAAAAUCAGAUUUUCCAACACUAGAUGUUGCAGUCAUCUUUUGAACAGAAUUGGACCCUAGCCACGUCUUGGAACGACGUUACAGUUGAUCAGGUGGUUUCAGGUAUGAGUCUUGAAACCCCCUCCUGAGGCCACAUUGUCCACUAGUUGUCAUGACAGAGUAGAGCUAGUUCUGACAUUUGGAAUUGCGCUAUGCACCUUUCCGAACACACCAAAGACAUUUCUGUUUACAGCAC